UUUUUUUGCAGAGAAAAAGUGACAUAGACAUGCAGGAAAUGCACGAUUCCGCAAGUGUUUCAGUUCAUACGAAAAGAUUGGAAACAAUUGGGCUGUUUCUGGCAUUCGGGACGUUUUUUCAUUGGUUGUGUCCCAUUUCUGGAGCCGGAAUGGAUUUGCUCACCGGACACGUUCCUGGACCAUUUUACUACCGUCAAGAAAACGUCGUCGAAAAGCCGUGGAAAGAUCUUUGGGAUUGUGUCGGGAAUCUGGACUUUAUAGUCGAUGUGCCUGAACCGUACCUGCGUGAGAAAGUCCGUCGAUCGGGCAUCGGUCACCGUCAGCCCAGGUCAUCCUCAGUGUCAAGAAACCCAUUUGUAAGAGCGAAUGACAAGCGAGGUCGACGUCCGCGUCUCCUCCACGGCGACGCUGCUGCCACGAACGAUUUUCCGUACGUAGUCAGCAUCGUCAAUUCUGCUGUUCCGCGGGAAGGUGUCGCUCGUCCACGCAGUCCUUCGUCGACUGGCCGUCGACAAUGCGCUGGUGCCAUCAUUCACCGACGCCACAUACUGACAGCAGCUUCUUGCGUAUCUGGGUGA